CAAUAGCAAUAGCAAUAACAACAACAACAACAGCAGCAGCAGCAAUAAUAAUAAUAAUAACAAUAAUAAUAUUAGUAUCAGCAAAAACACAAUUAAUAACAAUGCCAGCAGCGGCUUAUCGGAUUCAGCUAGACAAAAUAAUGGGAAUUCGCCACAGUCAACUCCAAAUCCAAAUAAUGGCAGCGAUCAGUCAAAUACGAAGAGCAUCUGCAACAGCAGCAGCAGCAACAUUGCACAAAUGCUAAACUCGUCAGUCGAAAGUGACCUGCACCAGGAUGACCUGCUAAAGAAGAAGAACAACAACAGCAGCAACAACAGCACCAGCAGCAGUAGCAGUGCCAGUACCUGUGCCAGUGUCACCAUCAGCAGCAGCAGUAUCAAGGAGGAGGAUUGUGCUAACCCAAAGUUGACUUCGAGUCAAGCGAAUACACCUGCUAAUUCAACAUUGGAAAAAUCAAAUCAAAAUAGUCAAAGCAACUCAAUAGUUACCAAUAGUAGCAGUACAAAAGGAGCAACAACGGUAGCAACAGCUGCUCCUACUGCAACUACAACGGCAACUGUUAAGGAGGAGCCGACAGAUCUCUUGCUGGGAAAUUGCUUGGUGAAUAUGAAGAAGGAAGAUCAUUUCUCGCCAAGCAUGUCGCCAGUGGGAUUUGGAUCGAUUGGUACAACAGAUCGAUCUGUUACACCUGUUAAAAUGGAGCUGAAUGAGAAGCCGCCAUCUGUAAUGAGGCAAAGCACUGACAAUGAUCUUGUCAACUGUAAUGCAUUGGGCAAUACGUUGGAUGCUGAUCGUAUGGGCGAUAUAAAUUCCACGAGCUCCAAUCUAAACGCUAAUUCAACUGUAACUGGACCUGGACUUGGUGUAUCUCUCGGCCUUGGCAUCAAUGUUUCGCCGAAUGUUGGUGCAGCUAGUACAGGAGUCGGCGGUGGAGGUGGUAGUGGUGGUGGUGGUGGAGGUGGUAGUGUUGGUGGUGUUGGUAGUGGUGGUGGUGUUGGUAGUGGUGGUGGUGUUGGUAGUGGUGGUGGUGCAUCAUCCAAUUUUAUGGGCAACAACAAUAGCGUCGGAAACUGUUUGGACUAUAUGCAGCAGCAGAAUCAUAUAUUUGUCUUCUCGACUCAACUAGCUAAUAAUGGGGCAGAAUCUGUGUUAAGCGGACAAUUUCAAACGAUUAUCGCCUAUCAUUGCACACAACCGGCGACAAAGAGUUUUCUUGAAGACUUCUUUAUGAAGAAUCCAAUGAAAAUGAACAAGCUGCAACGACAGAAUUCGCUGGGCCUCAACAUUUGCAACAUGUCCGGAGCAGGUGGACCUAAUUGGCUCAAUUCAAAUGCGAAUUCCAACAAUCCAAAUUCGAACCCAAAUCCAAAUUUGACCAAAAUGCUGCAGCCGCAGCACCAGAAAUCGAAGGCUCACUUUAGUAGCCAAGCUGAUAAGCGAAACAACUUUGGUGAUCCAACAGUAACAGCCGAAUCACUUGUUAACGAAAGCGACUUGAUGUGUUGGGAGGCAGGAAAUGGAAAUCGCAGCACACUAGACCCAGAUUCGCAAGCCCUGAAGCUACUGGAAGGUGUCGACAGUGUUCUGGGAAAAUGCAGCAGCACAGACUUAAGCACGGAUAGCAAUAUAAUUUCAUUGCAGGGUGUCAAAGUGCCAGACGAAAACUUGACACCGCAACAGCGACAACAUCGCGAGGAGCAAUUGGCUAAAUUGAAAAAAAUGAAUCAAUUCCUGUUCCCAGAGAAUGAGAGCGGACCUGCCGGCAGCCAGUUGAACAAGCUGCCAAAUGAUGCGGCAAUUGGAAAUUUAAUGAUGAACAUUGCCCCGACAGGCGGUGCAUCAAAUGCACAAAUGCGACAAAUGCAAUUGCAAAUGCAAGCGGCUGCAGCGGCUGCACAGCAGCUACAAAAAUCGGAGCACAUGUCACAGCUGGGCGAGGAUGUGCUGAUGCCAUUGCCAUCUGAUGUUAUUGGAGAUAUUGGAGCUGUUAUGACAUGCAACAGUGGGCAGAAGAACAACUUGCCGGGAGCAAAUGCAGCAGUUGCGGCGACAGCAGCGGCAGGCGGCGUCGGAAGUGGAGCAGGAGCAGGAGCAGGCCCUGGCACAGCUGUUGGUAUGAAUAUUAACAUGAAUGUUGGCAUGCAAUGUUCAAAUAAUCCUAACUUAUUGGCUAAUUCGCCAGAACUGAUAAGUGGAUUUGGUAAUACAAAUUGCGUUAUGGGCAUGGGAGUUGGCGACAAAACUGAAGGCGGUAUGUCUCCCAUGGAGUGGACCAAGUUGCAACAGCAGUUCUUCGAAGAACGCUUGAAAGUGGGCAAAGCGGCCUGUAGGCCGACAAGCAUGUCUGGACCUGGUUCCGGUCCUACUCCCCAGCAAUCGAUUACGGCACUGAGUACUAAUAGUACACCAAAUGCUGUAAUUCGAAAUAAUGUACAAGGACCGCCACCGCCAUAUCAUCCUACUCAACGUUCGGCAUCAGUGCCUAUUGCCACGCAAUCUCCAAAUCCUUCCAGUCCCAAUAAUCUGUCCCUGCCAUCGCCACGCACAGCGGGUGCCCUUGGAUUACCAUCGAAUUCACCUAGCAUGGAACUAAACAGUAAUACCAAUUCGUCAACAAGUGGCACAGUUGGAGGUGCAGCAAAUAUAGCCAUAGCCGCAUCGAAGAACUGUUUUCAGACCGACGCCGGAUCGCCUCCGAGUCGACAUCGAAAUGCUGGAAACAAUUCAUCAAGCGUCAAUGCUUGUGUGAACGUGAUGAAUCAUCAUCUAAACAGUAAUCCCGGUACGCCUCUUUCCCACCUUUCGCCCAAGGAUCUAGAACCGUUUAACGCAACGUCAACUGCUGGUGAAAUGAAAAACACUAGACCAAGUCCGCAGCGUCCUCGGUCUCCAGGAAACCCCAAUGCAAAUGCCAGCGUAAAUUCCACGAAUAAUUUAAUCGAACCAAAUAACAUGGACUCACGAUUUCCGGCAACCAGCCCGGGGCUAAACUUUAAUGCACACGCACAUGUGCAAAAUAAUCCAAACACUGCCUUGAACGCAUACAAAGGCUCCAAUGGAAAUAAUCCAAUCGACCGUCAAAAUUGUGGACCCAGCGGAGGACCCAUGCAAUUUGGGCGUCGUUCGGAUAAUGUGCCACUGAAUCCGAACAGCAGCAGCAAUCGACCAGCCUUGAAUAAGAUGGCACAGAACUUUGAUCCAAUAUCGUCUCUGGCACAGAUGUCUCAACAGCUAACGAGCUGUGUAUCGGGCGUGGGCAGUCCCGCCGGCGGGAUGAAUAUGAUGGUGCCAGGUCCAGGUCCACUUCCGGGAUCAGUUGAUAUGAAUAUGGAGCAUUCUGCUGCAGCUGCAGCUGGGUUGGUGCCCAAUAUGGAUGGAACCAAUAUGGAGCAUAUGAGUAAUGUUCCAAACAAUUGUCAUUCGAUAAAUCCGUUGAUCAACUCGAUGGGACAGCGCAUGCUGAAUCCCAAGCUUGCUGGCUUGGGCCCCUCCAGCUUUAGUCCGGGCCCAAAUGGCAUGAUGCGUGAUGGAUCAGGACACGGACCUGGGCCCGGGUUUCAUGGGAUAUUACCACCGGGCGCACGAAUGAUGGGUCGCAUGCCGGUCAAUUUCGGACCUAAUUUCAAUCCAAAUAUUCAAGUGAAGGCCAGCACACCAAAUACAAUACAAUAUAUGCCGGUGCGACCCCAAAGCAGCAAUAGCGGUACCAGCAACAACAACAAUAAUAGUAAUAACAGUGGCAAUAAUGGCAAUGUUCGAAUGGCGCCUAGUUUGGAGUUCUUGCAGCGAUACGCCAACCCACAAAUGGCAAACCCAAUUGGAAGUGAUGGGAGUCCAAUGAUGAUGAACAUAAGCUCAGCGCCCGGCGAUCAGCAACAACCGCAGCAGAACAAAAUGAUAAAUAAUCAUGGCAGCAUGAAUUUUUUUCAAAAUUGUAAUCAGCUAGCUGGCCUGGACGAUGAAGUCGUUGGGAGUGUGGGUGUAGGAUUGCCAGGGCAUGCCGAUAUGACCCCAAUGAUACGAGGCAUGCGCCCUUCUGGGAUGCGACAACAUGGUUUGAGCAACAUUCGCUUGCAGGCCCCAGCUGGCAACAAUAUUGUGAAUCAUCGACAUCAAGGACAGUUUCCUGGCAGUGCCGAUGGCUUGGAUUGCAAUGAUCCGACUGUAUUGUUUAACAAUGGGGCUGGUAAUUGUAAUUCGCCAGCAAUGUUUGCAGCAGCACAGCAGCAGCAACAGCAGCAACAGCAGCAACAGCAGCAGCAACAGCAGCAACAGCAACAACAACAAACCCAACAACCACAUCAGCAACAACAUCAACAAGGUCAACCUAAGGGUCAGCAACAGCACAUAAAGUCCAUGCCAGGGGGCAUGUGUCCAAGUCAAGUGGGCAUGCAAGGCCCAGUACCACCCGUACAAUUACCGGGGCAAGGACAUCCUAGCAUGGUUGUUGGUAGCAACAAUAGUAAUCUUAUGUCAUCAGCUGGCAACGGGGUGGGUGUAAACUUCGUCGGACCGUCGUCAAAUGAUCUGAAAUAUGCGCAGCAAUAUCACAGUUUUCAACAGCAACUAUAUGCAACAAAUACUAGAAGUCAACAACAGCAACAGCAGCAGCAGCAACAAGUUGGCGGCAAUAUGAUACCUAUGCCACCAAAUUUGUCGCCGAAUCCCGCAUUUUUUGUCAAUAAAUAAGAUCGGAUCGGAUCGUAAUCAAUCUGUCGAACGAACGAAAAGCUAGUCUCUGUAUUUGAAGGCAUCGGGCAUCAAAGUUAAUCGCAAAAUUUCCUAAGCCAAGAUGAAAUUCACUUCAGAAGGGAAUAAAAUAAUAAAUUUCCUCAAAUUGAUAAAUUAAAAUUCAAACUAUACAUGAAAUUCUUUAUCAGAAGUUGAAUUACUUGAAAUGGUAAAUAUAUAAUUGCUCUAGCUUCUAGUAUAAUUACUAAGCCAAGAAGAAA